AUGACCACCCCCCAAGAUACCGAAUCCCUCCCAACAGCAGCCCAAAUCCCCCUCCAAACUUUCCACCUCCCACCCUUCCCCCCCGAAGCAGUCUCCCUCAAACACCUAACCCUAACCUCCGACAUCAAACCCACCGACUAUGCAGACCUGCUAUCCACCCAAGAUGCAACGCCGCCAAUAAUCCCACCAACUCUCCCCACAGGAAUCCAAUCCCUGACCCUCGAACUCUUCUCCCUUGGCUACCCAGCCCCCUUCCUCACAAACCUGGGGAAAUCUCUCCCCAACCUCAAAGACCUCACGCUGUACUCCCACCUCAUCGACGGCGUAAGCGACGCCUCCCGUCGCGACGCAGGAGAGUUCAUCCGCGGUAUUCUCACGGGUUCAAACAACUAUAAAGAUGAGAAUGAGGAUGAGGAUAAGAAUACUACCAGUACAGGACUCCGGGAAUUGCAUCUCCUGGAUGUAUUCUGCCGGAAGGGGUUCAUCGCGGGGAUCGGUGAUAUUUUACAUGACCGGAAAUCCCAAGGUGCACUACGCUUCCUAGAGGUGUCGUACACGUAUCGUGGCCAUUCGGAUGGAGAGUUUCUGGACAGGAUUCCCGUGGAUGAGUUGCCGCAUUUGCUAGUUAAAGGGCUGGUGGGGGUGUCGUUGAGGUUGGACGCUGCUGCUGCUGGGUUGGAGGAGGACGUGCCUGAUGAUUCGGCUGAUGUGGGGGAUCGCGUUGGGAGGAAGCCGGAGGGUAUUGUGCCUGUGGGGUCUGGGCAUGAGGGGACGGGGUUGUUGGUGGAGAGGUUGGAUGAGGUUGAAUCUGGAUCUGAGUCUGGGUCUGAGUCGGGGUUGAAGAUGCUGGAUUGUACGCUUUAUACCCUGUCGCCUCAGCAGCUGGGACGUGUGCUGCGGCGUCAGAGACGGUUGGCGGUUCUCAGUGUUAGUGUCCUUGUCUCUGAGGGGGAGGAUGCGAAGAAG